AUGUUGAGCCAAGAGUCUGGCAAACUGUCCGUCCCAGCGGGUCUUCCAAGCGAUAUUUACACGCGUCUUGACUCUGCUCUGAGUCAGGUGGAGAUUCUAUUGCGUCAGUUUCGUGAUCACGACAAACAGGGCUUCCUAGCGAAAAACGAUGAACAACAGUUGCGCCUGCUCCAAGCAGCCCUGCGGAAGCUCACUAGUGAGACUAAACCCCCUAAAACGCCCUCAGCCAGCAUCGCUCCG